AUGGCCCCGCCGCGCCGCCGCGCCGCGCGCGCGCCGCGCGACGUCGCGAUGGUCGCACGCGCGGCGGCGGACGCGGAGGACGCGCCCGUCGCCGCCGCGCCGCCGAUCGGCAGAGACGUCACGUUCGGUCGCCGCGCGGAGAUGUUACGCGCGAAGAAAGAAUCGUCGCGCGAUCUCGACGCGAACGACGCCGCGGGGUUCUGGGGGAAGAUCAAGGCGGCGUUCGCGAUCUUCUUCCCCCCGAGCGAGGAGGAGACCGCGCGGAUAGAGGCGAAGAAGCGCCUGCGGAUGAUACUCGUCGCGGACAGGUGCGCGAUGAGCGGCGCGGCGAUGCAAGCCAUGAAGGAAAAGAUCGUGGACGUCGUGCGCGAGUUCGCGGAGGUUGACGACGAGCUCGGCGUGGAGGUCUCCAUGUCUCAGGACCCGGAGGUGCAAGGGACGAUGUACUCGCUGUCGAUACCGGUGAAGCGCGUGAACCCGGAGUUCGACGUGGAGAACGAGACGUACGGCUGGGACGAGGAGCCGGUGGAGUACGACGACACGGUGUGGAGUAAGGCGGGCGAGGAGGAGGAGGAGGAGGAGGAGGCGGAGGCGGCCGCGGGGGGAAAGAACUGA